AUGUCUCUGAUAAAGCAAUCUAAGAUCACGAACGACCAAGCACCGCGCAAUUUCUAUCGGGUGACGGACGACAGCAGUUACGUUCAGAUCGAUGAGUGCGGCAACUUUGCUACAGGAUGCACACCAUUCUACCACCUGUCCUACAUUAUCAACGGCAAGAACCUCAACCUUCACCUCGACUGGCGCUACAGGUUUGACAAUGAGGACCCCAACGACUGUCCAAUGUUCAUAUCCAUGACCGACAGCCGUAAGUGGGCACAGGAAGAAACAGAGCGACGCCUGGCAAGAGGUUGCACGAAUCGCGUCACGGACUCCACCUCCCUAACCCGCAUCGACCCCUCCGGCAACUUCGACACAAACUGCCAACUCUGGGGCCACUGGUCCUUCUGGACCUCUAUCAUGAAUGGUCCCAACCAUUCCUCCCAAAUCGACUGGUACCACCGCUUCACGCCCACCACGCUCGACGGCCAAGGCGACGAUCCGCCCCUGUUCGUCUCCCUUACAGCGGACUGUGGCUGGGCCUACGAUGAGUUUGAUCGAAGAGCAAGGAGGCGGAGGGAUCAGGUGAGGAUCAAUGUUAUCGAUACGAGUGAUUUUGAGUGCGAGGUUGUGUUUUUGGAGAAUGGGGAGAGGUUGCCGGUGUUGAGGGAGAGGGAGACGGGGUGUACGAUUUUUAGUUAG